UGCAGAUGCGGACAGUAACCAACCUCUCAGAAACAUGAACCCCGACUGGAGUGAACAAGACUGCCGCAGGAACGGGAUCCAGGGACUAUUACAAGAUAAUAAAGACGGACAGGCUUUCAUUGAAACAGAUGAGGGAGUAAAGGUAGAAGGUGUUUACACACAAGAGGAAAUCUUUGAUCAUGAACAGUGUGCAAGUUUAAUGCAGGUUACAGAGCAGAUGUCUUUGCAAGGUAAAGAAGCCUCAAGACUUGACUUUGUCCAUGUUAAAGCGGAGGCAACUGGACUGGAGCCUGUCCACAUUAAAGAUGAGGCCUCUGAAUUUGAACUUGUCCACAUUAAAGAGGAGGCAAUUGAUCUGGAACUCGUCCCCAUUGCAGGGAAAGUUUCUAAAGAAAAUAAAGUCAAUAUACUGGAAGAGAAUAUAGUUAAGCUGGGCUCUAGCCAUUGUGUUUACUGUCCACCUGAACUGGUCCAUGUGAAACACAAUCAGUCUGUCUCUGAAGACACUUGUUCUAGUGUUGGAGAAGAGGGCACUGUGCUGGGGUCCAUUCCGAGGAAACAUCACACCCCUCAGGAAAGAGCUGCAGGUGGAAAGGAGGAAGGAGCAUCGCCGUCCACUAGCAGCGCAGCGUCAGAUACAGGAAGACACAACUCCACUGCAGCACCCCAGGGAAAAAUCUCUUCUGAUGGCAAAAUGCAGCAUAAGAAACACAGAGAGUCGUCACCACAAGAUGAAUAUGUGAAGAAACUGAAAACACACUCGGUUCAAAAUCUUUCUGUACAAGACAGCAGUUCACUUACUCUGGGUUAUAUAGUGACUCCACAUCCUGAGGUUGUUAAUAAUUCUGCAACCCAGGGCAACUUCAUUCCCCUACAAACUCCUCAGCAGAUUCCUUCAGAGGAGAUCUUGUAUCACUGUACUGAGUGUGGCACCAAUUUCGGUGACCUGGGAAACCUGAAAGCACACCAACAGAUUCAUAAAGAACAGAAACCCCAUCACUGUACUGAAUGUGGAAAAAGCUUCAGAUGGGUAGGUGGGCUUAUAACCCACCAGCGUAUUCACACAGGAGAGAAGCCCUAUCUGUGUACUGAGUGUGGGAAGAGUUUUAAUCAUAGAUUUGGCCUUCAGUCUCACCAGCUAAUUCACACGGGAGAGAAACCGUUUCACUGCGCUGAUUGUGGGAAGAGAUUCAGAGAUGCAGUAAAGUUAAAAGAACACCAGCGAAUUCACACGGGAGAGAAGCCUUAUGAAUGUCCUGUAUGUGGGAAGGGUUUUAGUCGGAGAGACAACCUUAGAAUACACCACAGAAUCCACACAGGAGAGAAACCUUUUGAGUGUACUGACUGCGGGAAGAGAUUUAUAGAGUCAAAUAAACUGAAGAGACACCGUCGAGUUCACAGAGAUUUAAUCAGUUAGGACACU